GCGGACCUUUCCCUGGGGUGGCGCCAUAGUCACAUCUGAUAGGCCGAGGCAGUGACAGACGGCUGCUGGGAGAUGUAGUUUAUGAGUGACAGAGAUGGACUAGUGCGCUGUCAGGCCGGGGUGAAUGCUAGCUGUGUGUACACAUUGGCUGACAGUGCUGUCAUGUCUGCAGAGCUCUCUGAACAGAUUACCUUUCACCUCAGCCCGGAUAGCACUGUGUGUUUAUACAUGGCGGCUGUGCCGGCCCUCUGCUACUCCUCUAUAGCCCUGCUGCUACCGGGGAGGUGGCAGCUGAGGGGCCCCUGUGUGACUGUGGCCCUGCCAGUGACGUCUCCUCUCUCACACUGCGCAUGCUCACUGCCUGAACCUGAUCCCAACCGGGGAGAUGAAUGUUUCCCAACUGUUUCAAACUGUUAUUGAGAUUUACCCUCCACACAGCAUGUGCAGAGCGGGGAGGGGGAUCAGCAGCUACAUGAAAUAUUAUAAUAAAUCUCUUAGCAGGAAAACUAUGUACAAUGGUAAUAACUCUGACUAUGGAGGGGGGAUCCAGAAUACAUUGCUGGCUGAAGGUCCAGCAAUGUCUGGCUGCCAGUACUAAUUUCCAUCUCUUGCCCCGGGUACUUGGAGUCCAAUACUAGCAGCAGUUCAUUCCACAUCACUUUCAUUUCUAUUUAGCAGCAUCGCCAACAACACUUCAUCUUGCCUGCUGCAUUUCUACUCUCCAGCUCCCACCUCUUUCCCCACCCCCUUUACACACACACACACACACCCCACAACCUCCUUCUACUGUCUUGUUCCCGAGUUGAGUAGAAAGACAGCCAUUCAAUCAGCUGCUGCCUGACUUCUUUUUUUUUUUUACCCCCUAAGAGUCCCUGCACCUCACUGCACAAAACUCAUCACCCACCGACUGACAGCAAGCCUCAUGCUAGACACACAGAAGUCUCUUCUUAGCAUCAAUCUGCUUCCUGGACCUCAUCUCCUCUUUUGUUUUUGUCUCUCCUUGCACUUUAUGCACUCCACCGAUCCACUUGUAAAAUACAGUUUUUUAGUGUAUUUUUAGUGAAAGGUGGGGAGAGUGUUCAUUUCUUUAUUUCUUUAACAGGAGGUGGGAGGGGUUGGUGCUGCUUUGGCAAGUGCUUGCAGAGGACAGAUCCUGGAUCAGGCAGGAGCCCGGUGGGUUUUUUUUUUGUGUGCUGGUUAAUAACAGCUGCACAAAAUGUUGAACCCAGCUAACGGAGACCAGACUCACAUGGUGAACUAUGUAGAGGACUACCUGGACUCCAUCGAAUCCCUGCCUUUCGAUUUGCAAAGAAAUGUGACCCUCAUGAGGGAGAUUGAUGCCAAAUACCAAGGUAAGAGCUUUUGCCUGCAAUAGAACCUUGUCAUAGAAUCUGGGGUAACUUUGUAUCGUCCUUUCCAUUUGUGUUCUACAGAUAUUUUCAAUAAUCAUGUCUUGUAUCCGUUCUGCAUUGUGCUUCUGUCUAUGUGCAUCCCCUUACUUAGCCCUUACUGAUGUACACAGACAAACGUUUUGGUUUAUUUAUGCAUCAUCAAAACCGUGUUUGUUUUGCAUCUUUGCAUACAAAUAUAUAUUUCGAUUUAGUCUGGUUACAUAUGUUUUGAAAGGGGCUCUUGCGGUUUUAAGUGCAUAUUAUAGGGUGGAACAAAAGGUCCCUUUGCUGUUUUAUCGUUGAACAAUCUUUAUGAGUGUGAUGUGGAUACAUAAGGAAAAAAAUACAAGACUGGGUCUUGAAGUCACCUGAAAUAAACCCCCCUGCGGCUUUGCUGUACAUACAAAACCGCUUUGGGGAGAGAAAGCAUUGCCUGUGUAUCUUUUAUGUGAGUGUGUGUUAAAAGGUGGGUGUCUGGUGUUAUUGCAUUUGAGCAGCCCCAGCGAUUACAGCACAACAACACUGAGGAAUGUACAGUCAUCGGGAUGGCUGUAGUAGUAACUGCUAGUAAAAAAAAAAAAAAAAAAUUGUGUGUUAGUGGGCAGGGUUUCCUUUUUGUCAUUGUGCCUGUACUAAUCUCACUGUUUUACCCCGGUUUACAAUCCACCAAAUCCUUGGGCAUUGUGCUACAGAAUGGUGGUGCUUGUUUCGUGUGUGUGUAUAUAUAUGUGUCUGUGUAUUUGUUUUCCCCAUACCUCAGAUGACUAAAGAUUUAUUUAUUUUUUUAAUUUCUGUACUUAUGUCUAUCAUUUUACAGCACGGAUUGCUCUCUGCAUUGUCCUAUAUAGACAUAAAGUCAGCAAUAACGUUUCACACACAGCUAGUAUGUUGAAUGUGGGUGACAUAGAGCUGAUGUUAUAUAAAAACCCAAUAGGGGAAGUGUUAAAACGGGGUACUUUAUCAAUCAGCGACUCCUGGGAGAGUUGUUUUAGUGUUAUUGUGACGAGUGUUAAUAAGUCCAUUUUUAUUCAGUGACACUUGGUAAUAGUGUGUCUGUGAGGGCCGCAGUGCGCUGAGAGCAGCCCCUCCCCCGCACCGUGUACCGGAGCCGUUACUAGUCAAGGGGAACUCGGUGUAUUAUGCGUCACGUCGUAUAUGUCCCACAGUCGCUACUUAUUGGUGAACGGUAACUAACCGGGGCUUGGUCCUGGCCAGUGUAAUUGCCAGAACGUAGUAACUUUGUGGUGGUGGCAGCUGUUUAUGGCACAUGGAGAACUGGUUAUUUAUUGUGACAAUUGUUGGAAAAAGUACGAGGCAGAGCAGUGUUUGUAUUGUUCUCAUUGUUUAAUAAAUAGAAAACACAAUAAAGAUGUUUAUGGUGGAGAUGAACAAAUACUCUUCAUACAUUCCUCCUUGUCUCAUGCAGCGCCAGCCGCGCUUUACACAGACUAGAGUGCAUUGCUCUUUAUAUAUGCCUUAGCACGACUCCUCCUCUCUGCGCUCAUUGGUGUCAAUGUUCUGGUUUAGAACGUCCCGGGAGCUGUCAGUUCUAUGAUUUGCUGGGUUAUCCACUUUGGCCCCGCCUCUUAGUAACUAUUAUCCGCCUUCUUGUUCGCGUUUUCUCCACGCCUCUUCGGACUUAUUUAAAUGUCUGUCUCCGCCCAUCAAUGCAGAUUGGUUUAAAGCGGAGAGUCCCAUACUGAUUUAGACGCCUCAUUCCCUGGCUCUGUGACUACUAAGAAAAAAAAAAGCGAGCCUUUGACAGAGGCGGUGCGUCAAAUGCGUCGUCCGCCAUCUUUGUUGUGGGCAUGCUACCCACAUAAACUCCUGUUUUCUAAAUGAUUACAGCGUCGCAGUAUCUUUUGUCAAGUACCUGUGGCUUUUCCGCAUCGUUUUAUAUAUUUUCAGCGUUGCAUUUCGAUGUUAUUGUCUGUUUACUUUGCGGUUCACUUUCUACUGUUUAACCAUAGUCAUGCCCGAAUAAAGUAUGGCGGAUGAUGAAUCCCCAAUGCUAUUUUACAUGAGCAGACCGGUCGGCGGGAUAUAUUAUUAAUACAUAGUGGACUGCAGUGUGCUUCUCAUACGUGCGAUAGAUCCGUAAUGUCUGACUUUUAUAUUAGGCUGAUUAGAGCAUCAUGGCCUUAGUAGUUCACAAUGGCUGCUGGAGCUAAGUACGAUUAUUAUCCAUCAGAAUGAUAAACAGACAUGUGCUACUUCCAGGCUGACACCCAGCCAUGGCUGCGAUGGCUGCAUCUCACACACUGAGGAUGGCUUUGUGAAAUGAAGAUCCAGCCUCGUUAUAUGCUGUCUGGCAAAUAAAACAGAGUAGACUUGGCUUACGAAUUGUUUUUGAACCAAGGUUGCUCUUUCUCUCUCUCUCCUCCUUCUUUUUUUUUUUUUUUUUUUUUACAUUUUUGUUAUAGUCAAGUGGGUGUUUUAGGUCGACAAGUGGUCAACAUUGUAGAUCUCUAUGUGUAUAACUACAACUCUUUUUGAUUUCUUGCCACCCUUGAGGUUGGCCGAGCGUCAUGGGUGCUGCAAUUCAACAGAGGCUAUCACAGACAAUAAGAGUUCACGUUUAGGAUAAAAGGGGUUUCUGUAAUCUUGAAGCUUCACCAAGGCAAAUAUCAUCUCUGGUUAUUGUAAUGAGAGGUAUAUUUAUGUCACACAAAGAAAGCAAAAUCACAAUUUUCUAAAACAGACAUGUUUCUUUCAGAUCUAAUGCUGGAAAUUUCAUUUGUUAAAUAGACAUUACACAGCAGUGGUAGUACAUCCCUUUGUUUGUUAAACAGUGAUGUGACUGGAAAAUUAAAUUAUUUGGUUAAGGAAAAAUAUCCUAGCUAGCAAGGUACUGAGCUAUUAAUGUCUUUUUAUAUUCUUUAUUAAUGUAAAGCAUAAAUGACAGAUAACUAUUAGACGUUAACUGUCUCUUCUAAGGAUUUUUGUCUUUACAUCCCACGUAUAUAUUUAACAAAUAUGUAUAUGUGUAAGGCGUUACAUUUUUUUUUGAAAAUGGUGAAUAUAGAAAUUCACACCUUUUAUCCUACACCUGGGAGCCUCCAUCUUGGUUUCCAGUCAAUCAUUGUUAUAAGUUGUGGUUUUUGCACCUGGCAAUCAGCAGAUAAAUCAUACAGAGAGAAUGAGGAAUAAAACUAUAGCUCACUUAUAAUACUUAUCCAUAACCCCACCCAACCCCACCCCAGGUUUCUAGUUCUACUCACUCCUUUUCAACAAUGUUCUCUAGUUCUAUGGACUUGUUGUGGAAUAUUGUGCAAAGUCCUCAAAGUGAGGCAAUCACAAUGGAAACCAGUGUAAGCAGCAGGCACUUUUUAUUGGUGACUCACCCAGUUACGUCUUUGCAUAAGUUAUCAGAAAUCGACACUUUGAUAAAUCUCCCUCCUAUUGUCUAUUUGUACAGCUUCAACUUAAAAAGUAUGGUGAAAUUACAUUGUAAAAUCUACCCAGAUCACAAAGGGCCCAUUUUGUGCUUGGGAUUUAAUAUCUAUAAAAAAUGUAUUCUUACACACUUUCGGUGAACAAAAUAAAGUGUAUCCUAGCCUAUAACACUAAUUCAGUACUGCAUGCUGUCGUGUGUGUGUGUGUGUGUGUGUGUAAUAUAAAUACGUGCAUAUGAGUAUAUUAUAAGAUCGUAAAUUGGGGGGAAAUAUACAAAUUGAUGGAUGUGUAAUACUAAGGUAAGGUAUUUGUAUAAAACUCCACUGUGAGCUCAGCUACUACUGUGCAAAAGUCUUAGGUUUACAAUGAAAAUUCAAUGUAAAACCUUUUAUCUAUUAGCUGGAAUUUUUUUUCACUUUGAAAACUGUUCAACCUCAUAGUUUAUGAUGGAGACCAGGACCUUCCAAACCCCAUACAUUCAUUGAAAUUAAAUUCUUUUAAGGCCUGGAAUGUUACUCUAAAUGGGUAAUUAGUAAAGAGUUACUAUAACCCUUUUUCAGUGUUUUUGUAGAUAUAAACAUUUUUUCUUGUAUGUUGCGUUUAUAAAUAAUGUUAAAAAUACCUUGAAUCCAGUGCUAGGUGAGGUUCUCAUUUCUUGUUUCCAUGCCUUGUCUGUCAAGCUGCUUUACUUCAAGGGCCAAUCAAAUACUUCUCAUAGAGAAGCAUUUGAUUGGAUCGUUCUCCCAAGCUAAGAAUGCACGCACUCAUUCUGAGUUUAAAUAUAAAAAGUAUUUAUAGAGACUUCUGCUUGCCUACUGGCAGUUCUCAAAGUGUGAAAAUCAUUAAAAAAAAAAUUUGUAAACAUAAAUGAAAGGGAUGGUAUCUCUCAGACACCACAUUAACCAGUAGAGCCUGGGUGAUGACGACAGAGUUCCUUGUUUAGUAGUAGAGCGAGUUAGCAGAGUGUUUUAUUUGAAAAUGUCAUAUUUUGUGAGUGAUCUUGAAAAUUAUGAAGCUUUAUUUGCUCCAAUCAACUCUAUCAGAGUUAUUUACUAAAUUGUCUUAAAUUGAAAGUAAAUUUCAAAUUUUAGUCCAAAAUGACUUGCAUAGUUGACAAAGAAUUUUUCAAAUCCUGCUAUUUAGGCCUAAAAUGUGGGAUCCUUGACAAUACACUUUUUAGUGAAUAACUCUGUAUGUGUAACAUUUAAAUUAACACAAAUAACAUUAAUACAGGGAAAAAUAUCUAAAACGCCUGUUCUUUCCAUUAGUCCCAUUGGCAUCCAUGUUCAUUGCAUUGUCCACAUCUCAGUUCGUUGUUUUAAAAAAAGAAAAAAAAUGAAACACACAUGACUAAAACUACUACACAAUCUUAUAUUGUAUUGUUAUAUUGAAGUAUUACUUUACUGAGAGGGUAGUGGAUGCAUGGAAUAGCCUUCCAGCUGAAGUGGUAGAGGUUAACACAGUAAAGGAGUUUAAGCAUGCUUGUGAUAGGCAUAAGGCUAUCCUAACUAUAAGAUACGGCUAGGGACUAAUGAAAGUAUUUAGAAAAUUGGGCAGACUAGAUGGGCCGAAUGGUUCUUAUCUGCCGUUACAUUCUAUGUUUCUAUGUUAUAGAACCUUCUCUACCUUCUCUACUUUUAAGUAGUUUAGUCCUGUGGCAGUGGAGCUACAUGUUUCCUUUAUGACUUAAACAGUAUAAAUAAACAUAGUUAUAAAAGUCAGUAGUUUACAUUGGCGAUCCUCAACUGAGUCUUAAAUUCCAUCCAAACAUUGGUGGAAUUUGUAUCAGUAUUGUGGAAGCAGUAACACUGCAUUAGUAGUAUCACACAAAGAGACCUGACUAAUGGCAACUGGAAAUAGAAUGGUUUUCUUAAUUUGAAUUUUCACACAUUACAAAUACUGUAAAUAUUUGUUAAAUGGGAUAAGUACACAAUAUUACAAAUCUUGAGAAAUGGUAGUUCCCUUUUAAUACAUACAAAUUCAGUUGUUCAAGUACAUGCAAAGCAUAUUAUAUGAUGUUUAAUUUCUUGCUGGUGAAAUAUACAUUUUCAGAUUAGGUCAAUAACAUAAAUAUAUAGUAAUUUAAGGGCUUGUGUUAAAAAAAACCCACUGAAUAAUUCCCUUUUAAAUUUGUUCUAGAUAUCCUGAAAGAACUUGAUGACUAUUAUGAAAAGUUCAAGCGUGAAUCAGAUGCAUUACAAAAGAAGCGACUACUGCAGUUCAUCCAACGAGCCCUUAUUCAAAGCCAAGAGUUGGGUGAUGAUAAAAUCCAAAUAGUGAGUCAGAUGGUGGAGCUGGUCGAAAAUAGGACAAGGCAAGUAGACAGUCACGUAGAACUAUUUGAAACAUGUCAGGACUUAAAUGACAGCACUAGCAACAGCAGCAAAAAUAAUCAGGAAAAGUCCAAAAGUGAGGCAGUUUCUCAGACUGAAAAACCUAGCAAUAAGAGAUCACGGAGACAAAGGAACAACGAGAACCGUGAAAAUUCCACUAUCAAUCAUGACCACGAUGACCUCACUUCUGGUACACCCAAGGAAAAAAAGGCAAAGACUUCAAAAAAGAAAAAGAGAUCUAAAGCUAAAGCAGAAAGAGAGGCAUCACCUGCAGACCUUCCCAUUGAUCCUAAUGAGCCAACUUAUUGUUUGUGUAACCAGGUUUCGUAUGGAGAAAUGAUUGGCUGCGAUAAUGAAGAAUGUCCCAUUGAGUGGUUUCAUUUUUCAUGUGUUGGACUUAAUCAUAAGCCUAAAGGAAAAUGGUACUGUCCAGAAUGCAGAGGAGAGAAUGAGAAAACCAUGGGGAAGGCACUUGAGAAAUCUAAAAAGGAGAGGGCUUACAAUAGGUAGUUCACAUAGUAUGAUCACUGGCUUGAAAGGAACAAAGCAUUGUAUUUAUUGUCCAUAUCACCUUGUAAAGGUGAAAGGAUUGCAAAUUGUAUAUUUUUAAAUAUGGCUAGGCGCUGAACCGUUCCUGUUACAGUGACAGCAAUAACAUCUUUCUCCUACUUUUGAUAGAGGUUUUGUAAGGGGUUUGUUCAUGACUAAAACAAGUUUUUGAUCCAGAUUGUUCUCAGUAUUAAAGGUGUAUUCUAGGCACAAACACAACUUAAAGGAUCAUUUUGGUUUAACAUCUUCUCUGGGGUCCCCUGCUCCACUACAUUCUGCUUAGAAGUUUAGAUUAGUUCUCUUGAGGUUAGCUCUGCCGUGGAGGGUAGGUCAUUGACUAAGAGUGUCAGUUGAUUACUCUCAGCCAAUGAGCUAAACUCUGGGCUUUACUCAGAGAGCUUUUCACUGUCUGUCCGCUGUUGUGAAGGCAGGAAACUUCAUCUAGCAGACCCCAGAUAAGAAGGCAAUCCUUUGGUAAACGAUUUGACCACUUGCAAUGGGGGUGGGGGGCGGCUGUGACAGGGCGCACCAUAAGCACUACAGUGCACAUUUGAUAGCUUUUGCCCUCAUAUUUUCUACACAAUCAAAUAUCUUUGAAAAUAUUGCUAAAGGAAAAAAAAAAAUAGUUUUGCAGUCUUCUGUAGCUAAGCCUUCUCUUUUUGACACACCGUCUUCCUGAUUUGCAGCAGCUUAGUCUACGUAUAUAACUCAGCCAAUGAAAGAUUAGUAUACUAUAACCGUGCCUAACAGCCAGUCAUUGUUUUCUUAUUAUUAACCUCCUCAACACUAUGAAUUCGGCUUCAAAAUACUAUACAAAUAAGAAAGCAGUGAUUGGCUAUGGGAUGGAACCAUAUCGGCAGCUCAGCUCACACUGAGUGAAGGGUUGGCUUAGGGGACAGAGUAUGCUACAAAACAUUUUUUUUUUUUUUUUCUAUAAUAGUUUUAGAAAUCUAAAAGCGGAGAACAAUACCAAGAUUAUGACCCAAAAACAUAUCAAGUGUGCUUAAUUUAUUUUGGUGCUGGAGUUUCUCUUUAAUACUUUAGUAAGGAUGCAGAUAAAUAGAUCAAUGCAUAAUGAUAAUAGGUGAAUUUACAAAAUGUCAGAAUCUAAACUCAGAAACAAUGAGCCCAUUAAAAUGUACUUUCAUAAAGCCAGGAAUUAUGAAAAUCUGACAAGGAAAUCACGUAUGUUAGGCCAAAAUAACCAAAUGGAAAAAUUUGAACGCUACAGUUUUUUUGUUUUUUUUAGCAUUUUUAAUUUGAUCUGCAAUAUGCAAUUUUUGUGUCAGUUAUCUCAAAUUCCUGAUUUUAUGAAUAAACUCUGUAUUGAUUUGUUAAGGAAGGGGUGUUGUAAGAUUCUUUCUCAAACUCUUUUGAACUUAAUUCUUUAUCCCUCACCAAUUGGCAAACGUCUUAAGAAAACACCCAAGUAAAUGUUUUUUUUUUUUUUUUUCUUGAUGAGCAUUGAGUCAGAUGACCUGUCUGAUUUGUUGUGGAUUGAGCUCUGGGCUAGCACCAAAACAAGACUGAAAGUUAACAUGAAACAGCCAUGAUUUACAUUGUUAUGGUAAAUGGCUGUAUAAUAAACCGUCAACAGUAAAUUGGACGAUAAAAAUCUGAGGAUUAUUUUUAGAAUAAAUGUAAUGUGUUACAUUUAAAUGGCAAAUAUUUUAUACUGUAUUCUGGCUUUGUAACCAAAAGAGGCCAUUUUAAAAUUGAUUACUUUUUUGUAUGGAACCAGAUGGUGGUUUGGUACAUUUCACACAAAUCAAGCUUUAUACAGUCACAGGUAAUAACGGAGCAAUCCUUAUUUGUAUAAAUGUACAUUUUAAGUGGAAUUGUACUUAGUGUAUUAUAAUUAGAAAUGCAGCCAAAUGCCAUUGAAUAACCAAUGUGCAUUUUCCUUCUAUAUGUAUGAAGACUGUACAGCUGUGAUACUUAAAAUAAAAGACAGAUUUAUUGAAAUUUGUUUGGUAUUCUUUUUUUUCCCUCCUUUGUGAUCCGAAUUAAAGGUAACUCCUUUAGAUUUAGCUUCUGAAAUGCCUUGUGUCCUCUCAGCCAAUCAGUAGCUUGC